AUGGAGCCUUACUCAGGCUUUGAGCGAGAGAUUGACAUUUUCAAACGAAAUGGAAUUGAUGGACAGGUUUUGUUGAAACUUACAAAGGAACACUUGGCCGAGCUAGGCAUUGGUCGAGUCGGAGUUUCAAUCAAGCUUCACAAGGAGGUGUCCUUGCUGAAGAGACUGCACUUGAAACCCAACACAAAGAAGCUUUUCAUGAGGAAUCCUUUCCGAUUAAUCUUUGGAUUGUUCACUUUUCACUGGGCUCAAACUUCGGAAGUGGUGGAGAGUGAUGCUGAGAAGAGAGGAUUUGAUGUAAGACCCCCGAUUCCAGCGUCAAUCAUGUACUGCUUUUCGGCCGUGGCUUGCAUCUUUUUCAUGUGGGCUCUAAUCAUCUCAAUCAUGAUGAUCAUUCUGAUCAACGAAAUGAGUGACGACAAAGAGAUUUUUGUGCUGAUAAACACAGUCAUGUCAGCAAGCUCACAAAACACCUCAGGAAGGUUUUUCACCUUGGGUAUGUUCUUUAUGUCACUUCCAGUCGGAGUCUACUGCCUGUACAAUCAGGAUUUUGGCCUUGAAAGGAUAGAAAUUUCACAGCCAGAUGACUUGAAGACUUUCGCACUUGGUAUUUGUUGCGCUACUUGCAUCUUGAUUGCAUUGCUUUGGGUCUUUGCGUGGAUUUUCUCCAUUCCACGCGCCAUUGGCAUUGUCUAUGCUUCCAAGCUCAAGGCGACUGAGGAUGACAUUAACCUUUGGAUUCAGAGCAAGAAAUUCUUUGACCAGGUUGAAAACACCUCAAACAACCGUAUUUAA